CUGUACUUCAAAUGUUGCUAGUAUCACAUUUAAGAAGGCUUCAAUUGAACUAUUUAAUUUUUUAAUUUAAAUUGAAAGAUUUGUUUUGAAAAGAAAGGUCUUUUAUUUUGACUAUUUUUAUUAUCUAAGAAUAGCUAAAUGCAGUUAUUAAUUUAGAUCUAGCAAAGUUAAGUUCAGUGUUAUCAUCUCAAAGUGAAUGCCUAAACUACAGACGCCAAGAAAUGCAUUGCAGUAGAGUGAGCCUGGUUUGUCAAAUUAUUGAUGCGGUGGUUUGAAUCACGUUUGAAUUUUAGUGCGAAGCUUCGCAUUUCUUUAAAAUUAUAUAUUAAUAACAGUGUAUAUUUCAAAUGAAUUAGUGUGCCGUGUUUAUUAAUAAUAAAAUUGUGUCAUUAAGUGCGUAAUCAUGGUUUUGGCUGAAAGAAGUAAUGAUGUUCGAAACGGGAAGCGAUCAAGGGGGCCAAGCCCCAAUGGCCAUGGAAGUCCUGAUUCCAGUUCUGAAGAUGAAAAUGCUGAGAAAAUAAGAGUGGGUAGAGACUAUCAGGCAGUGUGCCCGGAGCUGGAACCAGUCGAGCAAAGGCGGCCUGAACUUAUAUCAGAUCGUGCACUUCUGGUGUGGUCUCCUACUACAGACAUCUCUGAUUUAAAGUUGGAUGAGUACAUAACAACAGCCAAAGAAAAAUAUGGUUACAAUGGUGAACAAGCACUUGGUAUGUUAUUUUGGCACAAACAUGAUUUGAACAGAGCUUCUAUGGACCUUGCAAAUUUCACACCGUUUCCUGAUGAAUGGACUGUUGAAGACAAAGUUCUGUUUGAACAAGCAUUUCAAUUCCACGGAAAAAGUUUUCACAGGAUACGACAAAUGUUGCCAGACAAAUCUAUAGCAUCACUGGUAAAAUAUUAUUAUUCAUGGAAGAAAACCAGAGCUCGUACUUCUUUAAUGGAUGUAGUAGGUGAAGGUCGCAAUGCAGCAGGUACUGGUACGGGCAAAUCUGGAGCCGGCUCCGAACCAGGAGGUUCAGAUAAGGAGUCUGAUAAUGAUGAGAAGGGCGAGUUGGGCAGCGAGAGCGCGGGAUCGGGGGGCAAGUGGUGUACCGUCUGCGGCAUACUGUGCUCCCACACCACGCCGCACAACUCCCACAAACUGUGCCAGGCAUGCCUCGUGCACGCCAGACGCACGGGUUCGAUGCGGCCGCUGUGCGGGCCGUCCGGGCGCCGCGGCCCGGGCGCCAAACAGCAGCGGUACAAGCACCGGUUGCCUCGGGGCAUUUACAUCAAUCACGAUGAUCUGGUCGCCAUGGCAACCGGCCCUCAACCCGGCGACCCCGUCCAGCCCGGCAUUGUCAAUCAGGGCGAAGCCAUGCUAAAAGCGAUGGACAGAGAAAUUAUUUCCCUAAAGAGACAAGUGCAACAGAAUAAACAGCAGCUGAGUGCUAUGAAGCGCAAAGUAGGAGAUGCGGGGGUGGAUGACUUGAGGCCUGGCGAGCCCCCGGCGAAAAUAAAUUCACGUUGGACCAACGAAGAGUUAUUAAUGGCCGUCACAGCGGUUAGGAAAUAUGGUAAAGACUUCCAAGCUAUAGCGGAAACGUUAGGCACCAAGACGGAAGCACAUGUGCGUUCAUUCUUCAUAUCGUACCGACGCCGCUACAACCUCGACGCGGUGCUGCGCGAACACGAGGCAGACCGCGGGAACGCGCAUCACAUACAAGCAGGUACAACAAGCACAGAUGCAGAGAACCCGGUUGAAAUCACGACCGCAAAUAACGGUACGUCGUCACCACAGACCACCAAGGAUGAAAAGCCCGAGGUGGACAGCGAGGGGGUAUCUCUAGGCGCGCCCGCGGAACAAGGCGGCCCCCCCACCACCCCGCCCAAACACAAACCCAACAAGUGACCGCGAGCACCGCGCACACACCACACUACCACGUAGCCAUUACACCGCCUACACUGCGACCACAAACAUUCGUGCUAGGCCCCAUUCAAACUACGUAGCCAUACUGACACUAAACGGACUGUAAUACAACCGCUAACCCAAAAACAGUCCCAACAAGUAACAGCGAGCACCGCGCACACACCCACUACCUUGCUGCCAUAACUACGCCUACAUUUCAUACACAAACAUUCGUGCUAGGCCCCAUUCAAAGUACGUAGCAAUACUGACACUAAACGGACUGUAAUACAACCGCUAACGCAAACACAAUCCCAACAAGUAACCGUGAGCACCGCGCACACACCACACUACCACGUACCGCCUACACUGCGAUCACAAAUAUUCGUGCCAGGCCCCAUUCUAACUACGUAGCCGUACUGACACUAAACGGGCUGUAUUAUAACCACUAAUUCAAACACAAACUCGAUCGCCACCUACACAGAUUAGGCUGCAAUCACAAACAUUUGUGCUAAGGCUGAUGGGGAAGAAAACUGACAAUUGUUACCUCUAGAGACGCUAGUGUCGAAUGGCCCACAUUAUCUGUCAAAAUUAAAAAAGUGCAUACCUUCCUUAUGCAGUAUUUUGUCCCUAUAAAAUACACGCCACCGAUCUGUUCAGUACGUCCGUGUAACACUAAUAGUUUGUUUACACGUAUUAUUAGUUGAGAAAUCAAAAUUGUAAGUGGCUCAGGACGUGUAAAUGAUGAAUCGAUUAAUAGUUUGAAGUCACUUAGAUUACAAUUUUGUUGAUUACUUAACUACUUAACAUUGUAAAACUGUAAUAAAUUCAGCCCCAAUUUGUCCACUCUGUUAGUUUCGAAUUCUGCUAUGAUUAAUUCUUUAUUAAUAUGAGCAAUGUAUUCAUUUGACAACAUUACGCGUCUCGUUUAUUUAUUAAACUAUUUAUACAAACGUAAUACUAACUUGUACACGACAAAUAAGAUAACAGUUUAAAACCAAUCUGUAUGUACCCUUAGCACGAACCAAUAUCGAGUUCGAAUAGUUUGCGAGUGCGAUAUGUCACUGUCAAAUUUUGUAUGGAAACUUGAACACCAGCGCCACAGCGGACGUAACGAGAAUGAAAAAUCAGUACACAUUUGACGUAUAAAAUAGAUCGAAUUCAAUUAUACGAAUUCGAUAGUGGUUCAUGCUAAUGGUACUGUAUGGUUUUCUGUGAAAGUAAAACUCGAAAAAAAAUUAAACUGUACUCGAAACUUAUUAUUAUUUUUCAUUUAGGACUGUUGUGAAAUCUUGUAACCUUACAGUUCCAACCGCUUUAUUAAUCUAUUUUUUGCUGAUAGUUGCAUUUAAGGUGAUAAAUUAUAAUAAAUAUAAGUAAGUAAUGAUUAACAAUUCAAAUUCUAUCUGGUAUAUUGAUUUUGAAUAACAGUGUUACCAGAAUUCACUAUAAAUCUUUUAUUUCUUUGACGGAAGCCUAAAUAAAACCCAAUUUUUUAAAAUACCUUUGUGUCUCAAACUAUUCACAAUGUAUACUAUAAUUAUUAUAAUAUACUAGUAUUUUUUUUCUAACUUGCACAAAUAGUCUUACACGCUUUUAUUUAAUUUAUACAUGACUGAAUCAUUUUCACGUAACAAGUGUACUUUAAACGCUUAAGGCGGACUUAUGAUAAUAAGCAAUGUAUUUAUCGUAUUUGUAAUGAAGUCACGCCGGCACUUCACUUGGCUAUUCGUAUUUGUUAUUUGUAAUCAUGACAACAGUCUGUCCUUAUCAUGCUACAUAAGGAAUGAAAAAGAAAGAAUGGUGUCAAGUUUACGAAUAGCAAACACAAAUAGCCAAGUGAAGUGCCGGUAUUAUGUCAACGCAUCGCCAAGCCAGGUUGCCGGAACCAGCUGGCCAUAUUGACAAAUGCAAUAUUAAAAUAAUAGCAUUACGAAAGGAAAUUAAAAUAAAUGGUGCAUGUAUGUAAUUUUUUUAUAGCAAUCGAGUAUUGAAUGCUUUAUGUCUCAGUACAAUUAUGCGGUGUGAUUUUGAGAGAAAAUGUCAGUAUACGCUUUAGGAGACAUAUUACGGACCUAUUUGUAUAUAUUAGUUAAGAUACAUUUCUUAGAUGUAAGUGAGUCAUCGUCAUUGCGCUUUAGGAAGAAAUUAUAUUAUUAUAGACAUGAUUUCCUAAAGCGCAUCUCUUUCUCGUGUGUAGUAUCGAAAAGCUGAGAGCGGCGCUCUUUUGCCGAUAGUAUUGAUGUUUUGGUUAUGAUCUCUUCAAAAAUUUAUUUGGCGUCGUGCGAUGGUCUAAAUAAAAUGUUAAUAUAAUAAUAAGCACUUGCCUUAAGUAAUUUAACUUCCUAUAUACUCGCAUGCUAAACUAUAAACUAUUCAAAUAUAUUAAUAUGUAUUCAAUGUAUUGAACAAUACAUGGUGUUAUUUCGGAAUAGUUUUAUAUAAUAACUAACAGUGGAUCAUAAGAAAAAUACUUAGUGGCUAAGAAUGUUUCGUGUAGACUUCUAAUGUUUUAUCUUGAUAAGUAUACUAUCAAUCUUUGAAUUAUGUCCAUUUUACUUCUAGUUUAAAAAUUAAAAUGAAUUACCUUUAAUUAUAUUUUUAUCAAUCGAUACUUGUGGUAAGGCGCAUUUAUGAUAGUUGGAAUUUUUAUUAAAUCGAUUGAAAAACAUAGUGUUUUUAUGUUCUAGCAUAGUUAAAAUAAAGCUGCGUUCGCUUCGCACAUGCGAGUGGACACGUGACAUGAUAUAAUGAUAAUGAUUCUAAAUCUUAGAACAGAAUGAUAAUAUAAAAAUAAUACAUAUUAAUAAUGAUAUUUUUAUACUCACAAAAGACAUCCCAAUUCAAUAUAGAUGAAAGCAAUAGUUACGGUCGUAUAGUUUUGUGUAUUGUGUUUGUAUCACUAAUACUUAUAACAUGUGUAUAGGGACUAAUAUCGUUUAGUUUAGCGUGAAGCAUUUUACAUAAUGAUUUUUAGCAUAAUUUUUCUACUAGUUUUAAUACUGUGUACAUCACUAAAUAGAGUGUAGUUUUGUGAUGAAUAUUGAACCGAAGAGGUGUUACCGUCAUAAAUUUUGAGUUUGUGAAUAAGUGAAAUGUUCAUACAUUUUGUUUUUGUUGUACUCAUUAACAUGAAAAAAAUUGUAAAUAACUGCUUAGUAUAAUUUCAGUGAAAUUCUUAUGAUAGUUUAGUUUAAAAUGUUUGUAAACUUGCGAUAGUACCAAGUGCGUUCUUGUCCUUAAUUGAUUUUAAACAUCGAAUAGACUCCCAAGAAAGGAUGUCGACUUUAGUUAUGUAGCGCGAUUCUGGAAGGAAGCUAUUUCAUUUUGUCCCAUACAUACAGUAUAGAAAGCUUCAUAGCUAGCUAUAAAAAAUGAUAAAUUGACCAAAAUAUAGUCGUAGAUUUGGUCAUUCAUUAUCAACUAUCGCAUAUAAAAUAAAAAGGACGCACUCAAAUGAUCAGGAUAAAUAUCGACAUCCGCCUAAAAUUGACGUGAGCAAGUGAAAAAAGUUUGGUGUUUGUAUAGAUUUGUCGUAAAAAAUGAUUUAUGCAAUGAGGCAACACAAACUUAUUCACGCUGGUUUGUUUAUUUUAAGGUAAUCGGGUCAUGGGUUUUAAUAUAUUAACUUUAGUAAUGAAUUGAUUUAUAUUAUAAGUCAUGGUAUGAGAUAUCUAAAUGAUAUUCUACAACCAAAACGCAAAUAUUUUUAUGUCUUUAAUAAAUAAAGCGCAUCUAGUAAAAUUAAUUUUAGGUAACGAAAUUAAAAAUCAAUAUCAAAUUCCGUUUUGUAAUUUAAAAAAUGAUGUUCGUUACGUAUAAUUGACACAAAUUAAAGCGAUUAAACACUGUAUUACGCAAAAUAAAUACGAGCGUUAUGAAUUAUAUAAUUAUACGAUAAUCGUUUAAAUUUUAUUGUGUUUCAUUCUUUACAAUAUUAAAUAUCUACUUAAUAUAUACUCAAAAAUAAAAGUUAAUCAUUUUGAUAAUUUCAAAGAGCGCUUUUUUCUGUGUCAAUUACUUGUAAUAAAUUACCCUUUUUCAAAUCUUAUCAUAGUGUAUUCAUGUGGCAUAAAAACUAAUCACUCCCAAAGAGAUCCACAUAAUGAGAAGUCACCUUAUUUAUUGAUGCUAAUUAGAGCUAGUAGGAAUAUUGUUACAGAAUUAAAUUAUUUUCUAUUAGAUUUUAUUGUGUUCUGUAUAUUAAGGAUAGUAAUCAGUUAAUGAAGUUUUUUUUAUAUUUAAUUAAGUGAAGCUCAAACAGUACCUACAAAGUUGAUGCCAUAGAAUCUGGCAGUGCAACUAUUAUUUCAACAGAAAUUCUGUGAGUUUUGAUUUAAACAAUAAUAAAUAAAGAUAAGAAUGUAAA